AUGGAAAACUUUGUUCCAUCUCAGACUCAACAAAAUGAGGAAUUUAUAAAUCAAAGCAUUCAUAACAAUGAGUUGGUGAAACAAUUGGCAAAUAAGGUAGACGCUUUAGCUACACAUAAAUCAGAACCUAAAGAGAAAGAGGUCCAAGAGAAACCAUAUGUUCCACCACCUUCAUAUCAGCCACCUGUCCCGUUUCCCCAAAGGCCAACAAAGUCAAAAACCGAAGUCAUAACCCAAAUGCGCACUUAUGCUAAAUUCCUUAAGGAAAUCUUAUCCAAUAAGAGGAAGUUAGAUGAUGAUAGUACAAUAGAACUUACUGAAGAGUGCAAUGCCAUAAUACAAAACAAGAUGCCACAAAAACUUAAAGACCCAUGGAGUUUCUCAAUCCCCUGCGUAAUAGGAAAGUUUGUCAUAGAUAAGGCGCUUUGCAAUUUAGGAGCCAGUGUUAGUCUAAUGCCUCUAUUGAUUAGUGAAAGACUGAACCUUGGAAACCUUAAAUCUUCUAGAAUGUCAUUACAAUUAGCCGAUCACUCAGUCAAAUAUCCUGUACGCAUCUUGGAGAACGUCCCCGUGAGAAUUGGUCAAAUGUACAUUCCUACGGAUUUUAUAGUAAUGGACAUUAAAGAAGAUUCAAGUGUCCCGAUUUUGUUGGGAAGACCAUUUUUAGCUACCGCAUGGGCAAUAAUAGAUGUAAAGAGAGGAAAGCUAACUUUUUAA